GAGUAGUUAUUCAAAAUAAGAUAUGUUUAAAAUAUUUUAUUUCAUCGAAUAACUAAUGAAAAUGUAUAAUUAAAUAAAAGUCCAUGUCCAAAGUUUGAUGGAUUCUAAAGACCCGGGAAUCUAUCACAACGAACCCUAGCGAAAAUUGUUUCCUCUUCUUAUAAAGAAGCCGAAAACCUCCCCAGCCAUUGCAAGUUUGCAACACCAUAUCCUCUUUUCAUCGGUUUUUUGCAGGCUUCAGCUUCCCACAUCCACCACGUGGCAUAGAAAUUUGCGUCUGGAGAGAUUUCAAAACUGUGGCUCUGGAACCAAACGCAUGGAGACAAAUGUUAACUGUGUAUUUUGAACUGGAUGAUCGGAUUGAAAUUGGACGGGAACUCUUCAAGUAGACAAGUUGAUGCUGAAGUUCAUGAUGAUGAUGGUGCAGCCCCUGAACAAACAACAUUGGAAAAACUGCAAGAGAAUGAUGGCAAUGGCAUGCAGGGAGACACCAAAGAACAAAGCAUCUUGGCACCUAAUUGGAAAAGGGAAUUCCACGACGAUUGGCAUAGAAAUGCGGUUCUGAAGAGAUUACGUAUGAGAGGCUCUCUGCCGAAGCGCAGAAGGUUUCGCCAUGCAGUUGGCGUGAGAAUAAGGAAGUUAUGCUCAAAGUGAUGAAUGACCACCCUGAGAAGGAUGAUUGUAUUUAUACUCCGUAUCUAUCUAUUUUCGCCUUUAACAAAUGAAUGUCAAGGACAUGUAUUGAUGCAAUGACCUCCCCUUUUUAAAAGUGUUUUGAAAUACUUCGUUUAAUGAUGUAAAUUAUGUGGUGAAAUGCUUCGUUUACCAAUUUGAGAUGUAUUUGUUGAAACCUAUGGAGGGGAAUCUAAUUUAACAAGAAAAAAUGGAACUCCCC